GAGGACACUGGGCGCACCUGCACUGUGGUAAUAUUUAGAAAAUUGGAAGACAACUUUCUUCGACAAACUUAACUGCGGAAGCAUUUGGCUGAAAUGCUGUAAUUCACAGACCAGCUGUCUGCACUUCUAGAAAUUUCAAACCCCAGAGUGACUUCAGCUUAUCAGUCAACUGUUGAAAAAUUGCCCGUGCUAGCCCUGUUCUCCAGCCCAGAUGAGGCCCUCUGAGGAGAUGUGUGUGCAAACACCAUAACUCACUGGCGCAAGUAUUUAAUGGAGUCAGAGUCCACAUCCCAGUCGAGAGAGGGAGCCUCUUUCACCCCGCACAAUGUCAGACCCUACAUCCAUCCUGACCAGGACAAAGACACGGCCUGAAGAUGCAACUCAGAUUCCCAGAGAUUAGGAGCGUCAGCCUGUUGCCGCGGGACACAAGUUCAGGAAGAGAAGGAGCGGGACACGGAUCAGUCCCCGAACAGUAGGUGGCUGCAUUCUGACAGAGGGAGGGAAGAGGGCCAGAAUGAAAAAAGAGAGGAAAGUAGGUGGACACAGAGAGUGGGAGGGAAACAGAUGUGGAAAAGAGGAAGGAGGGAUAAAGAGGAAGAGACAGUUAAAAGUGGUGAGUGUGUUUGCGUGCCAUGUCAGUACAGAAGUGAUCUGCCAUGGUAAAAGUGCUUUCUUUCAGCGCUGCGAUGCCUCAAGACGACAGUGUGAAGACGGCCGUUCCAGCACAGCUUUUUUUCUAUCCCUCUUUUUCCUAAACGUGAAAAUCUGAGAAGCUUGGAGAAGGGGGAGUCUCCUCCCUGUGGGUUUGUCGGGGCCGCAGUGAGGCAGGAUGCGAGGGUGAUGACGUAGCCCAGCAGACAGAGCAGAAAUGUCUGGCAGCGGCGGCGUGAUCCAGCUGCUGCUGUGUGCUCUGUGUACACUCCUCUCCUUGGGCCAGCGGGGGGCGCUCCCGAGCGGAGGGGGGGGUCCCCUGAACAUCACCCUGCUCUUCGACAGCGUCUCGCACGGGGGCCACAGCUUGCGCAACUGCAGCUGCGCUUCAGAGAUCCAGGACUGCAACGACGCACUGGCCAACCUGCUGUGCAGCUGCAGGACGGUGCCUCGCUCUGCGCUGCCCCCUGCUGGCCUGGCGGUGCGUGGCGGGCUGACCGUGUGGGUGCGCGAUGCCUGGGUCCUGAGAGAGCUGCUGAACGGCAGCGCCGUGCAGGAUCUGCGCCUCUCCGCCUGCGGCCCCGCCCCCUUCUCCGCCCAGCCACUCACGCUGUUUGGCCUGCGCAGACUCCGCCUACACUCCGCCUCCCAGGACGCCACCCACCCCGAGCAGACCCUGAACAUUGCGACAGGGCAGGAGCAAAGCAGGGGCAGGGGGGGCAGGCCUUCCUCUUCUUCCUCUUCCUUCUCCUCCUCCUCCUCCUCUUCCUCGCCCUUCCUGGUGUCCUUCCUGGACGUAGCCCUGCUGAACGGACUCUCCCCUCUGAAGGCCUACAGCGUCAGCAGCCCUCCCACCCCUAUCCUGGCCCAGCACUUCCCCCACCUGCCUCUGGCCCACACUAUCCCAACUCAACAGCCCCCAGAACCUCUUCAGGACUGCCUCUUAACUUUCAUCUAUUAGAGCAGAGACCAGGACAUGGGACCCAGCCCGGAGAUCCACCAUGGCUCAGGACCGGACUGUACCAGGCGGGAUCACUACCAGCUUUACCCAGACUGCUGUGGGGACAUUAGGCGAGACACAGCCUGACUGAGCUGAACACUUUCACCCACCCAGCCCAAACCAGCCCAAGCAUCUGCCAAUGUCAGCAGUGUCAAACUCCAAUUCUGGAGGGGCGCAGUGCUUGCAGGUUUAAAGGGAUGCUUACAGUUUCUGAUUGGCUCAGUGUGUUUUUGUGAGAUCAUUUUACAUAUUUAGAUUCUGAAGACCAAUGGCCUUACAAUGUCUGCAGGGGUAUUUCGGAAGCAGCGGUCUGAAGAAAAAAAAAUGCAAUUUAAGUCACUCUAAAGCAGCUUGUAUCAGCGACAUUACACCUCCAGAGGUACGUAUAUAUUAACCAAUUAUUCUUCAAAAAUGACAGGUAAUCUUAUUUUGUGUUGAACUGAGACUUCUGUCCUUAAAGAAAGAAGUAUCAAUAUAAAACUGAAAUUUACUGAAUGUUCAUACUUGUGAAAAACUGCUGUAAAAUGAAUCUUCUCAUAUGUACAGUCUCUAAAAAGUUAACAUCCCUGUACAAGCUGCUAUAGAAUUAUCUGAAGAGAUUUUUCUUGCAUAGGCCACAAAACCCAGAGAGCUACGAUACCAGCCUUUGUAACGCUAGUUGGCCACCAGAAACUUCUCUUAUGUAAAAUAUCCUCCCUUGCACAUAAAAACCAUUACUGGAAAUUGUAGAUGUUAUCAAAUGAUUCCAGCAAGUGAGCUAUUCCUUUAACUACAGUUCUGAAAGCCUGGUGUGUCUGCAGGUUUAACUCCAGUCCUGGAAGAAUGUAGUAAUAACCGUUUCUGAGACAUCUAAUUACUUGCAUGCUCAAAAGUGAAAGCUGCGCCUGUUGUGGAUACUUUGAGCUGAAAGUGCUUUGGCCAGCUGGUUGUCUCACCCUUUCCUGCUUGCUUUGGACGACUGCUCUGGCUAAGCUGCACAGGGCCGGUCUGUGCUCUGCUCUGGUCCUGGUGAGACCUGGAUACUGUGUGUGAGAGAGAAGAUGGAAAGGAGAAGCAGUCUCGCGUUUUAAUGAUUUCAGUACAGAUGAGGGGUGGCAGGUUGGAAUGCGGAGUCUGUUUCCUGCAGGAGGGGAUGACAGCUCUGCUGAUUAAUUCCACUCCCCAUGUGCACUGAUGACAACUGGAGCCAAGGCUUCUGCUGCCCAAGCCGUGUGUCUGUUUGUAUUUGCAUCUGUUCUGAGUUUGAAUUUGAUUUGUAUAUAAUUGUAAUCAUUGUAUCUUGUACACAUGAAUAAAGUUAAUAUUUUCAGUA